UGCUUCAUGCCCUACUUAUCGACACAGGUUCUAGAAAAUUAUAGUGGUAAAGCGCCCUUUAUUUUUGUGCAUGCAAUCGGAGCAUAUCCAUAACCAACGUAUGUGAAGUUUAUUGAGACAAAUAAAUCGUUUAUCUCUUCAUCUGAUGCUGAAACUCGUACAAUAAGAAGCCGGCCUGCGGACGAACGUAUAAGUGUCAUCCCCGCAUCAAGACGAAAGCUCUGUCGAUGAUGACGUCCUCAAUCCUGCAACAGCAGCUGCUCCGGUUGCGCGAGGCGCACCCGACCACGUCUCGGUCGCUGAAGGCCGGCAAAAGCAAGGCGGCGUUCACCUUCCGGCAGAAGGACUUUACCUCGGCGCAGGAGCGGGCGGAGUACUUUUCGGAGAUCAAGGAGCACUCGCUGGAAAUCUUCCACGAGGUCCAGGCGCUCGAUCCGGAGUUCGCGCAGUUUGAAUCCCUGUUCCACCUGAAUCAGAAGCAGCGCCAGUUUCUGACGCCCGAGGAGAUCAAAAAUCGGGAUGGACUGGUGGAAAAGUUCCUCCUCCUGCUCUCCCCGUUCCUGGCCUCCUCCGAGGUCGCCGUGGUCCUGCUGGACCUGGUGGUGGACACGUUCGAGUGCUGCAGUUUCCACCUGGACGCCCUGCUGCAGUGCCUGUUGCCCUACCACGAU